AUGUCUGAGUCAUCAAGCACCGAAAAAAAAAAUGCCUACGUCGUGCAGGAUCUCGAAAAAGAAAACCUAGACACAGGUUACUCCAUCGACAAUGUCUCUAGAGUCGAGACUGCUGCUCCCGAUUCUCAAUCUGAUACACAUAAGAGCCGUUGGCAAAACUUUAAGGAUUCUUUUAAACCCGUCGAAUUGGAAGAAUUGGAUCCUAACUUAACUGAAGCCGAAAAGAUAGCUGUUGCCACUGCUAGAUCCCCAUUACAAAGAGAUUUAACCCCCUUCGCCAUUCAGAUGAUUUCCCUAGGUGGUGCCAUUGGUACGGGUUUGUUUGUUGGUUCCGGUAACUCUUUGAGAACUGGUGGUCCAGCCGGUAUUUUGAUUGGUUAUGGUAUUUCAGGUACAUUUAUUUACACUAUGAUUGUCGCUGCUGGUGAAUUGGCUGUCACAUUCCCUAUUUCCGGGGGUAUCGUUACUUACCCAACCAGAAUGGUUGAGGAAUCCUUUGGUUUUGCUCUUGCUUUCAAUUAUAUGUUUCAAUGGUUAGUCGUUCUUCCAUUAGAAUUAGUCGCUGCAUCUAUUACUGUCAAUUAUUGGGGAACACCGGAUCGUUACAGAGAUGGGUUUGUCGCUUUGUUCUAUUUAGUUGUUGUCUGUAUCAAUUUGUUUGGUGUCAAAGGUUACGGUAUGGCUGAAUGUGUUUUCAGUAUGAUCAAGGUCACUACCGUUGUUGGUUUCAUUAUUUUAGGUAUUAUCUUAACCUGUGGUGGUGGUCCAGUAAAGGGUUAUAUCGGUGGUAAAUACUUUCACGCUUUGCCUCUAGUUGGUGACACAGAAGGUGAAAGAUUCAAGGGUGUUAUGAGUGUCUUUGUCAGUGCCGCCUUUGCCUUUGCAGGUUCGGAAUUAGUUGGUCUAGCUGCUGCAGAAACUAAAGACCCUCGUAGAGCUUUGCCAAAGGCCGCAAAACAAACCUUUUGGCGUAUUACUCUUUUUUACAUGUUAUCCUUGUUAAUGGUUGGUUUAUUAGUUCCAUACACUAAUCCAAGAUUGAUUGGUUCAUCCUCCGCCGAUGCUACAGCCUCUCCAUUUGUUUUAGCCAUUGAGACCCACGGUAUUAAGGGUUUGCCUUCUUUGAUUAACGUUGUCAUUUUAAUAUCUGUUCUUUCUGUUGGUAACUCUGCCGUCUUUGGUUGUUCUAGAAGUUUGUGUGCUAUGGCUGAACAAGGUUUCAUUCCUCACUGGUUCCGUUAUAUCGACAGAAGUGGUAGACCAUUGGUUGGUAUUAUUACUACCUGUACCUUUGGUUUAUUGUGUUUCUUAGCUGCCUCUCCUAAGGAAGGUUUAGUCUUUGACUGGUUAUAUGCUAUUGCUGGGCUUUCGAGUUUGUUUACCUGGUUUUCUAUUAUGUUAUGUCACAUUAGAUUCAGAAGAGCUUUGAGUGCACAAAACAGAUCUACAGAUGAAUUAUCUUAUUUGGCCCCAACAGGCGUAUGGGGUUCCUAUUAUGGGUGUUUUAUCAUCUUUUUGGUUUUGGUUGCCCAAUUCUGGAUUGCUGUUUGGCCUACAGGUACUAAGCCAAAUGCUAAUGAUUUCUUCCAACAAUAUUUAUCUUUACCAGUUGUAUUAUUCAUGUAUAUCGUGCACAAGCUUUGGAGAAGAGACUGGACAAUAUUCAUUAGAGCUAAGGAUAUCGAUAUUGACACUGGUAGAAGAGAAACGGACUUGGAGGCUUUGAAAGCUGAACUUGCCGAAGAAAGAGCUAUUUUGGCAGCUAAACCAAUUUGGUAUAGAGUGUAUAAGUUCUGGUGUUGA